AUGGAUUCCUUUGCUACAAACGCACAGAAAUCAUUCCACAUCCGUUCAAACAGUUUGCCUUCAAAGCCACAUCCAGUUGUGGAUGAAGUUGAUGAACAUCUCUGCAGAUUGAAGGCCUGUGAAGCCACUUCUUCAUCUUCUUCUUUGUGUCAAAAACUUGAUGGGCUUCAAGAUUUGCAUGAUUGCAUUGAGAAGUUGCUUGUUUUGCCACUCACCCAUCAAGCUAUUGUUGACAACAAAUCAGUUGAUGAGUUGCUAGAAGGAUCUCUCAAGCUCUUGGAUUUGUGUACUAUGGCUAAGGAUAUGAUAUCACAGAUGAAAGAAUGUGCACAUGAACUCGAGUCAUCGUUGCGCAGAAGAAGAGGAGAUGACAUUGUAGUUGAUGUUCAAAAGUAUAUGAACUCAAGGAAGAUGAUGAAGAAGGCAAUCCACAAGGCCUUGAAGGGAAUGGAAAGAACAAGUUCCCAAAAAAGCAAUGAAAAUUCAGAGAUUGUCAGUUUAUUAAAAGAGACAGAAGCGGUCACAUAUAGCACCAUUGAGUCCUUGUUGUCCUUUCUAGCUGGACCAAAGUUGGCAUCAAAGAUGAACAGAUGGUCUUUGGUUUCUAAGUUGAUGCAAUCUAAGAGAGUUGCCUGCAAAGAUGGAAAUGAAGUAGAGAUGGUGGAUGCUGCAUUAUAUUCAAUCAUCAAUCACAAAUUUGAUAUCCUUGUGCAAGGUGAAGAUGUGCAGAACUCACUGAAGAAAUUGGAGUUGUGUAUUCGUGACAUUGAAGAAGAUCUCGAGAGUCUAUAUCGACGUCUUAUCAAGAACAGAGUCGCUUUUCUUAACAUCCUAAAUUACUAA